AUGGUUUCUGUGACUUCAAAAACUCCUUGCGUUACAUGUGAUAGAGGCGCUGGAGUAGUUAAAUGUGAAGGAUGUACACAAGCGUUUUGUACAGAACAUAUUACUGAACAUCGGCAAACUCUACAUCAUCAAUUGGAUGAAAUUAUUGUUGAACAUGAUAGUCUUCAAGAAUUAAUCAUUGAAAAUAAAGACCAAAGUAAUCCUUUGAUAAAGUAUAUUGAUGAAUGGGAACAAAAAUCUAUUGUGAAGAUUAAACGCAUGGCUCAAGAGACUCGUCAAAAAACUAUAGAACUUUCAAAUAUACAUAAGAGAACCGUAUCACAAGAACUAAAUUUUCUUAACGAAAGAAUAAAAAAGGCACGUGAAAAAGAUGAUUUUUUCGAAACAGAUCUUAUCAAUUGGAUAUCAAUUUUGAAUAGAUUGAGAGACGAACUGAUGAAUGUUUCAUUAUCGAACAGUAUUCAAGAAGAUACAUCAACACCAUUAAUAUAUCAGCUUAAAUUGCCCACAACAUCUUCGAAGUUCAAUGAUAAAAUUAUGUUUCCGUACCGUGAGAUCGAGUCACAGAUGAUAACUUCUGGAGAUGUCUUUGAACAUUGUCUUAAUGGUGCUAAUAUUGACGAUCAUGGUCGACUUGUCGAACACAGUGACUGGGAUUGUACUGUUGAAGUUCGUGGAAAAGUCGACUAUUCAUCUGGUACUCAUCAAUUUCGUUUUCAAAUUGAGAAAAAUCCACGACGAACUUGGAUUUUCUUUGGUAUUAUUUCUAAAUCACAACCAAUGAAGAAGUAUUCAUAUGAAUCUCCAUCUGCAUAUGGAUGGGCAGAUUACAAUGACUAUUUUCUUAAUGGUAUUCGUCAAAACAAUGAAACUGGUACCCUAUUUCAUCAUACAGUUGAAAACGAUAUAGUUGCACUCGUAUUCGAUUGUACUAAUCGAAAAAUUUAUUAUAAAAAUGAGCGAAGCCAGAAAAGUCAACAAUUAGAUAUUGAUAUUAACAAAUGUCCCUUUCCUUGGCAACUUCAUAUCAACAUUUACGGAAGAGGUGAUCGUGUACGCUUACUUAAUGUUAUAAGUGAUAUUUCACUACCUUCAUAG